CUUACUCUUGAAACUGAAUUGGUGUGGUGCCUGGCUUGGACUCAGGAUGGGAAAACCCUUAUAUCAGGGUCAGACGAUAGUUCGAUUAGGAUAUGGAGUACAACAACUUGGAAAUAGAUGGCAGUACUAGUGUUGGAUGGGCACACUUGGGGUGUCGGAUCCAUUGCAAUAUCUCCGAAUGGCCGCAUCCUCGCAAGUGCAUCCUGUGAUGGCACAGCACGAUUAUGGAGCCUCAACAACAACCAGCCCGUCGGUUCGCCCCUUCAGCAUCCAAAUUGGGUGACUUCUGUGUCAUUUUCGGCAGAUGGAAAGCUACUAGCCACUGGCUGCGUCAACAAUAAUGCGUAUACAUGGGACGUUGGUGGGAUACUAAAAGAAGCUGGCCUUAGCGAACUUCUGUUGGACAAGCCGGUCCUUGCUGCUGACACUACACCACAUCCAGUCUGUCAGCCAAUCAUCGUCCCCCAGCGCCGGGUUCCCCAUGAUUUUUUUGACGACAUACCACAUCAGGCUCACCACGCAUUGCAUGCAAGCACCCUUCGUGACUGGUUUUUCUCUUUAUUCCGCCCCAUACACCCGGACACUGGCCACGACACGUCUUCACGACCCUGCCCUUUCCACUGGGUUCGAAGUCGUCUCUCUGGGAGACCAACAGGUGAAGAUAUCGAACUUAGCGAGCGUCCAUCAGCAGUAGUCGAUGUUCCGUAUGCCAAGGGCAAACAUAGGAAUGCAUCAGCAAGAGAAAGACAGAUGAAAAUAAUUCCAUUGAAACCUGGGAACCCUGCCGCAGGCCCCUCAUGUCCUCCCAAUAGCAAUACCACACAACAUUCUAAUGGCGCUUCUCAAGCACAGGCUGCUGUCUCCACUGCCUCCGCACCUCCCGUCGUCACUAACACAACUCCAAACACCAAUCCUCAUGUAACAAUAAGACACGCUGGACGCUGGACUCGUUUUUGGGUCUCUAUAUGCUGUCCCUCCUCUAAGUAUACUGACAGUCAUCAUUAAUCUACCCUUCGUCUUUCAAAGAUCUUCUUUGUCAUCUCUUAUAAUUCUGUUGCGCUUCCACUGAUCACGAGUAUACCCAUGAUCAUCAACGAUAUAUCCCGUCCGUUUUCCUGUCCUUUAUCAAGAUCUCUCCCAUCUCAUCUUUCCAAUACAUGAAAUGAAGACAUAGUUGUUUAUCGUACCCUUUGCUACUCUAUGUUUUGUCUUUGCCAAUAAGCCUUCACUGAUCAGGAAAGCGACUCUUCUCAAUAAACAUGUGUACUACUGAAAUGAUAAACACUCGCAUUUGCGUGCUUCAGAAAUGACACAUGUGUAGAUUGGCUCUGGUCACAUCAAGUAGGUAACAAAUAAGUCUACCGAGUGGACAGGAAUACUCGCCUACAGGCCGUUAGUUAGGGAGAAGGAACAAACUGAUU